GUAGUUUUAUGUUAAGCAUGCUCUAGCAGAAGGCUCUCACUGCAAACACAUGGCGGAAAAGCUGCUUUUCAUGGCUCUUCUAUGUGCCGCUUCCUUGAAUAUGCUAGAAUGCAACUGCUGGGGUUGUGCAAGACGGGCGGACAGCAUCAGAAAGUUAUUUUCUACGACAGAACCAAUAUGGAUACACACUACCUCUCGAUGGACCAAUUUAAAAUGUUUAGUGGACGUGGUGGACAGCCUGGAAAGAAUUUCCGUAAACUUCACACGAUUGUGUUACAAUCACGGUCACAAGGUUUCUAGGACAUUACAAGGAAUAUUUUAUGCGGAUCGAAAGAAACACAUGGACGUGAAAACUUCUGGUCCUAUAUUCAACUUUCAAGAGGAUCUGCUCUUUAUGAACGAUGAUUCCAGCUGUGCAGUGGUUAUGGUCACGACGAAUAUUUGUGGCAAACGUCACAAGUAUGACCUGAGAAUUAGAAAUACGUUCAUCACAAAGACCCCGCACAAGAAUUGUCUGAAAGCAUUCGAGAAGUACGAGAAACACGCACAAGUUAUCUACGACCCAAGCUGCCAGCAUAUACUUGCGAAACUUGGAGAGUCGAAGCCGUACGAGCCACAAAAAGAACGUUGCAUAAACGAAGUUCAUUGA